AUGUCGACCGAAAGUCUCUCAAAGGAAGAUAUUCUCUCUACUUUGCCUUGCGAAACUCUUUUUGAGAUCCUUUCAUAUCUCUGCCCGGUUGGAGACGGCCUAGCGCUCAUUUCCACGUCCAAGGGGCUCUACAAGAAACUCAUCGUGCAGCUUUAUAAGGAGGCUGGCAGGCAGCUCGAUUGGCUCCCUCUACUCUUCGGCGCCAGCGAAGGUAAUAUCAAUACCCUCGAAAGGUGUGACCAGGCCGGGGCGCCCCUUGGUCACCGUUGGGCAUAUAUAGGCCACUGCCGAGGCAGGGGAGAUCCUGGCGGCCGCUUCAAAUUCUGCCAAGCCCUCGACUGGGCCAUUUGGUCUGGGCAAGAAGAAGCCCGGAAAUGGCUCAUCGAGAAUAAAGUCGUCGAUAAAAAGAAGCGACUUCCCGAACUGCAAGGAUUUGAAUAUGAGAUUAGCAUGCUAGCAGCUCGCUCGCUUGUCUUCGACGUCAGAACACCAGGUGCAAAAGGUGACUGGAGGCCCGUCCUAUAUCAACGAGAGGUCCACCAGCCCGAUGUAUAUCCUUACGAACCGUACCGGCGGUCUGCCCAUCUCGUCUGGUACGGGCCCAAGAUAGAGCCUUGCCUCGUCUUUCCCCGGCUGUUGGACAUUCUCAAGGGCCACUGUGAAUCUAGCCUCCCUUUCCACCAGGUUAGCGAUUGUCUGGCCAUCUGGAUAUCCCGCUUCUGGCUUGACAUGCUUCUCUCCAGCACGAGCCCUGUCUCCGUCUUUGAAUCGGGCUUCUUCAAGAGCACUAGACGGAGAGACGGCAAGUUUCAUGCCCACAUGGGGUAUGAUGACAUGUUCGGAAAGGCAUCAUUGAUCGGCAAUAUGGUGCACAACGUCUCCAGUCCUGAAUUCGCCCGCCACUUCUCUCCCAGAAUCUUUCGUCUUCUCCUCGACUCUAGGGUUGAUAUAUUCCUAAUUGCGUCAGCAUACAUCAGCAUAUUCGAGAAUCUGGUCUCUAAUCAGCGAAAUGCGAAAGACUAUGUUUCAACCUUUAGGUUUUAUCCAUUGAUUCUUCGCGCACUGAUCGACUCGGGGACCGAUACGGACAAGAUUGAGACUUUCUGCUACGAAGCUUUGUCACCACUAUUCGUAGUUUCUACCUGUUUGUUUGUGGAUGCCGUGUCCAAGGUGCUGGACGAUAUGGGCGACUGUGGCGCAUCCCCUGCAGACAAGGCCUUUGCUUUUUCGCCUCUUGCUGAGGAGCUACUCCGACGCGACCCGGAGGAACUUUUCACCUGGCCCUUCCUCAAAGACCUUGUCACCAGCCUGAGUGCCUAA